AUGUCCUCCAAGAAACGGCAAGCCCAUCAUGGGUUCUAUCCACUCAAUAAAAGUGCAUCAUCUGACCAAUUCCCAGAUUCUGAAUUCAAGAAGACAAGAACAAGAAAGAGAUUGAAAAGCCAGGACAAUUUGAGGUGUGGAGCUUAUUAUAGAAUCGGUAGGUUCCACCGGGAUAACCUCUUUGAUGGGUCUACUCUCAUUCCCAUGUUUGUCAUUGGCACCUUAGCAAGGUUCCACCGGGAUAACCUCUUUGAUGGGUCUGCUCUCAUUCCCAUGUUUGUCAUUGGCACCUUAGCAAGAUCAACAAGUUCUUUAAGCGAGAAGAGCCUUGAGAUAUGCACUGAAAGUCUUGGAUCAGAAACUGGUUCUGAUGGGUUCACUUCAUAUCCUUCAUCAGAGACUGGUGAUACAGAGGAGGACAAAGAAGAAGAGCAACGACAAGAGAGAGUGACAAAGAAGCAUUUCCCGAUCGAAAUCCUCCUCUCUGACAAAAUCUUCUCUAUCCUUGUUGCCGAUCCACCUCUCUCCGGCAUCCCCAAGCCAGGACAGCCUCUCCAAAGUUUCUCUAUCCUUGUUGCCGAUCCACCUCUCUCCGGCAUCCCCAAGCCACGACAGCCAAUCGACAACCCUUGA